AUGAAAGGCAAAUCUGCAAUCCUUGUUGUUUUAUCUUUCUCAAUCGUUUCCGGAGCAUGGGGAAUGUAUUAUUUCGUAUCGAGUAAAAUUGAAACUGUUCCUGAAUGCAACCCAAUUGAACCAGGAUACCGCACCACUUACGAUCCCUACCGGUUUGUAACUGGAGAACAAUGGGAGAGAACAUUCCGUUAUGUGAAUGGAUACAUUUCUGUUAGCGUUAGCUUCAUUUAUAUUUUCGCUACCGCUGCACUUGUUAUAGCAUUACCCAAUAACACAUCUGGAUUGAUUGUUAUGAUGGCUGUCUCCCUGUUCCUAUCUGAAGCAACAUAUGUGCCUUGUUCAUUUUCAUUUAUUAUUACAAUGAUUUCCAGGAUCAAUUUUCUUGCACUUAUUUUCUCCAUGAUAAAUUCUACAACUCAUUGUAUUAUUUGCGUUUUCAUGUCUUCACAGUACAGAGACACUAUCAAAAGAAUUGUCGGAUGGAAAGAGAAACAGAAGAUGGACAAUGUUAAGAAUCUGAUUGUUGUCGAAUCAUCAGCACAUCCCUCGACUGCACAUACCUCGAAAACGUCAAACGAUUCGAAGACAUUUUGA